AUGGAGCCAAGCAAGAAGAUGGAUGCUGCUGGCGCACUGCAGCCCAACCCACCCCUCAAGCUGCAGCCUGACCGCGGCGCAGGGUCAGUGCUCGUGCCGGAGCAAGGAGGCUACAAGGAGAAGUUCGUUAAGACAGUGGAGGACAAGUACAAGUGCGAGAAGUGCCGCCUGGUGCUGUGCAACCCGAAGCAGACGGAGUGUGGGCACCGCUUCUGUGAGAGCUGCAUGGCCGCCCUGCUGAGCUCCUCAAGUCCAAAAUGCACAGCCUGCCAAGAAAGCAUCAUCAAAGACAAGGUAUUCAAGGACAAUUGCUGCAAGCGAGAGAUCCUGGCCCUCCAGAUCUACUGUCGGAACGAAGGCAGAGGCUGCGUGGAGCAGCUGACUCUGGGACAUCUGCUGGUGCACCUGAAAAACGAGUGUCAGUUUGAGGAGCUCCCCUGCCUGCGUGCCGACUGCAAAGAGAAAGUACUGAGGAGAGACUUGCGGGAUCACGUGGAAAAGGCCUGUAAAUACCGCGAGGCCACGUGCGCCCACUGCAAGAGCCAAGUCCCCAUGAUCACACUGCAGAAACAUGAAGACACGGAUUGUCCCUGUGUGGUGGUGUCCUGCCCUCAUAAGUGCAGCGUUCAGACUCUUCUGAGGAGUGAGUUGAGUGCACACUUGUCCGAGUGUGUCAAUGCCCCCAGCACCUGUAGUUUUAAGCGCUAUGGCUGCGUUUUUCAGGGUACAAACCAGCAGAUCAAGGCCCACGAGGCCAGCUCGGCGGUGCAGCACGUGAACCUGCUAAAGGAGUGGAGCAGCUCCCUGGAGAAGAAGGUUUCCUUGCUGCAGAAUGAAAGUGUUGAGAAAAACAAGAGCAUACAAAGUCUGCACAACCAGAUUUGCAGCUUUGAGAUUGAAAUCGAGAGACAAAAGGAGAUGCUUCGAAACAAUGAGUCCAAAAUCCUUCAUUUGCAGCGAGUAAUAGACAGCCAAGCAGAGAAACUGAAAGAACUCGACAAGGAGAUCCGUCCCUUCCGGCAGAACUGGGAGGAAGCAGACAGCAUGAAGAGCAGUGUGGAAUCCCUCCAGAACCGUGUGACUGAGCUAGAAAGCGUAGACAAAAGUGCAGGGCAGGCAGCUCGCAACACAGGCUUGCUGGAGUCCCAGCUGAGCCGGCAUGACCAGAUGCUGAGUGUCCACGACAUCCGCUUGGCCGACAUGGACCUGCGCUUCCAGGUCCUCGAGACCGCCAGCUACAACGGUGUGCUGAUCUGGAAGAUCCGUGACUACAAGCGCCGGAAGCAGGAGGCUGUCAUGGGGAAGACCCUGUCUCUCUACAGCCAGCCUUUCUACACAGGUUAUUUUGGCUAUAAGAUGUGCGCCCGGGUCUACCUGAACGGGGACGGAAUGGGGAAAGGGACACACUUGUCGCUGUUUUUUGUCAUUAUGCGCGGAGAAUAUGAUGCUCUGUUGCCGUGGCCAUUCAAGCAGAAAGUGACACUUAUGCUGAUGGAUCAGGGGUCCUCUCGACGCCAUCUGGGAGAUGCGUUCAAGCCUGAUCCCAACAGCAGCAGCUUCAAGAAGCCCACGGGAGAGAUGAACAUCGCCUCUGGCUGCCCAGUCUUUGUCGCCCAAACUGUUCUCGAGAACGGGACGUACAUUAAAGAUGAUACAAUUUUUAUUAAAGUCAUAGUGGAUACCUCGGAUCUGCCUGACCCCUGACAAGAAACCAGGGAGGUGGAGUCAGCAGAAGGUAACUCCUCUGGGGGGUUGAACCGGUCUGUCUUCACGAAGGUCCUCGCCCUCAGAAAGGACCUUGUGGGACAGAGGAAGCAGCCGGAGGAGGAGGUCGAGUGGCUGGCAGGAGGAGCCACAUGUGAAAACAGACCCCAACGGAUUUUCUAAUAGACUAGCCACACUCACUCUGAAGAAUUAUUUAUCCAUCAACAAGAUAAAUAUUGCUGUCAGAGAAGGUUUUCAUUUUCAUUUAAAAGAUCUAGUUAAUUAAGGUGGAAACAUAUAUGCUAAAAAGAAACAUGAUUUUUCUUCCUUAACUUAAACACCAAAAAAGAAAACACAUGUGGAGGUAGCUGGAUGGGUCAGCAUGUUAACUUACAAGGAGAACUUAUGAAAUAAUAAUACAGUUCUGAUAUAUUCAUCCUAAAAUUCAAGAGUGCAAUCUUGUUUCAAAUAUAGUAUAUUGUCUAUUUUUAAGGCCUCA